GGGGGGCGUUACCUUCAGUGACGAGCUGGCCCCACGAGUGGAUAACACGAGACAAAUUAAAUCAAGCUAACGUUGAUGUUAACGAGAUGCUAGCAAUGAUCCGAAUAUGUAUCUGUUAUAAAAUCGGUUGGUGUUGUGUCAUAGUAUACUAUACUCUCAAGCAAGCAAGGUAGCGUCUUGAAGAGUUUCAAAGCCAAAAUAAUGUGUUAUAGGGUGGACUGUAAAACCUGUGGGAAGUAUACAUGGGGGGGAUGUGGUGAUCACUUGACCACCCUCUACGCCAGCAUUGAUGAGGGAAUGCACUGUACGUGCCGCUCCUGGCCGGGUGUUGUUACACGCACACGCACAACCACCACUCAGCAACCUACUCAAUCCAAUAAUCCCAACCAAGGGAAUAGGAAUUCUCAAAAUUAACGAAGCUGCGUUGGAUUCUGAUACGCAGCAGUUCUUUUCGGGUUAUAUGACACGCAGAGGGAUAGAGAUCGGUACUGUCGGGGUACUAGUGUAUGUUAAAAGUGUUAAGGGGGUUGAUAUUAAUAAUGUAAUGUAGGGAUGGUCAUGUGAAACUGACCAACGUAGACCUGCAUUCUUUUCUAUGUUAAUGGAUCUAUUAAUAAAGAAUAAAUUCCUCUGCUCUUGUGCCGUGUGUUCUAACAUCAAAUGCUUCGAAUUUGGUCAAUUUAAGUUUUGGAUUUAGGUAUAUUAUUGUUUAUUCUCUGUUGUGGUUUUGUGCGUCACUUCUUUAACCCAUACUUUGUGAAUGUGGGUGUCUUCAAACCAGAGUGGGAGGGAAUUCUUUUUUUGGUAUCCAUGAUAUUUGUGUAAAGUAUUUAUUAGUUUUAUUAAUGACUAGUCUUCCUAAUCAACCACUUGUUGGUGAGUGGGAGGGAAUUUGGUGAAAGGAGAGGAGGAACAUUUGAAAUUUUGGAUAUAACGAUAAUUGAAAGGUUAAACUAUAAACUUAGUUUCUAUAUUUUAAAUUGUUUUGUUUAGUUUGUUUUGCAACAAUUUAAAGGAGAAGAAUAUUCGCUAGAAAAGGUAGAAUCUUGAAUGAGGUCGUUGAGAAGCUCUCUAGGUCACGUAAGGUGUGACUCCAGUCUCUACAGACUAUAUCACUCAAGUUAGUGAUUGUGAAUGGCGAGAGAUGAAUGAAAAUUGGAAUGUAUGUACACCUUGUAUACUUUCAAUCAAUGCUUGCCUUUUAUGUUAGUUCCUAACCACUUUGUUAGUGUCAUCCUUGUGUGUGCAUGGGUGAUAUGCAUGCACGAGUUGCCACGAUUCUUGGGUGCUUGUUGAGAGUCACUUUUUUAAUUAUAUUUAGUAUGUUGAGACUUGAGAUUACAUAUGCUUUCAUGUUCUACUGGGUUGUGUACCCAAUAUUGUUUAGGAACUAAAAUAAAAUAUAGUAUCAGGAACUAAAUUUUAAAUUUUCCGUAAGACUUGCUGUUAUAAAACUGUUGUUUUCUGAAAACCUGAUCAAAGGAAGUUAUCCACAAAUUGCAUCUUGUAAUCAUCCCUCAUGCCCAAAAUCAUAGUAGUGCUAUAUAGGAUAUAUUAUUGGCAAUUUGACUAAAAUUCUCUUGUGCAAAUCAUCUGAUAAUGAGUCACCAAACGAGCGAAAAGCAGUAAUUGAUAAGGAAAUUCCUACAACCAUCAGUCGCAUCCUCAACUAAUCAAUGUAAAUUGAUCCAUUCAAAGUAAUUUGAAAUAGUAAGAUGAGUGGGGUUUAUUUGACUUUUGUUGCUCUUCUUGGAACUGUCUUCCCAGCCUUUUCUAUAUUUGUCCACAUUCUCACGUGCCUCAAUUUGAAAACUUCAAUCACUUUGAACUAGUGAUUGCAACGAUGUACCUUACAGUGGUUGUCUACUCAACAAAAAGCUGCCGUAAAUUCUACGGAAGUAUAAUAUGAUAAAUAUGCUAAGAUAAAUGAAGACAUGGCUCUCUUAGUAUUUGUCUUUCUUUCUACUUAAAUUUGUGUUUUGUUUGAAGACUUUACGCUUUUAUUCUCUAAAACAUAUUCCUCAAUUAUAGGAAAAUCAAUUCCGUUAAAACUAAUAAUGCAAAAAUUCACACUACACCUGCAUAUAUAUGCCAACCAACUUUCUAUUAUAUACCAUCUGUUAUAUACAAUUAUACCAAAUUGAGAGAAUAGCAACAUCAGCAAACUAGUGUCAUGUGUCAUAAGAUUUAUGAGCUGACUCAAAUCCAUUACCUUACGCUUUACCAGAUAGAUUUGUCCUAUUCUGCACAGGCUUCUCCUAAUGUCUUGUUUUCAAUCAAUUUCACAGUGAAUAUUCUUAAUCAACUGCAGACAAGAGGAAAGUUCAUUAUGCAUCACGGUGAAUAAUAUUUACUUCCUUUCUGUAAGAGUAAAUAUGGGAAAAGGCUUCAUGAAUUCCAUGCUCCCAUGUGGUCUAUCAUCAAUAAUAUUGCAUUGGUUAACCAGCUUAAGAAAGAUGAUACAAUGUAAUGUAGGUAGGAAAGCGAGCAAAUUGAAGGCCCCCCUUAGGCCUUUUAGACAGUUAUUUCGCUCGUUCUGUGUAAAAUAAUGCUAAAAUGAUUUAUUAAACUAAGCAAAGAAACUUAGUACGUGAGGAAACGAGAAUUCUCAUUACUAAACUAAAAGUACUAAUCUAUUCCAUCAUUUGCGCAAAAGUAACAACCUGGUUGGCAAGCAAUACUAGGCUAUAUGCGCUAAUGGGAGAAUAUUGUCUUACCAAAAAGAAAACUAAUCAAUGGCACCUCUUUUUUGUCGAGUCCAUUUGCCAUCUUAAGUCAUGAGAGAAAGAGUGGGUGAUAGUGAGGUUCUGAUCUAAUUCAGAGAAGAAGAAAGAAGAAAGGAAGUUCUGGCAAAGGAAGGAAAAGGAUCCUAUGGAUCCCCUUUUUAGGAAUUUGGUAUAGGUCUAUUUGUCCGUUUUGAGUUUGUGGAUUCCUUACUGUUUCACCCCAGUCCUUUUUCCUUCUUACAUUAAACUUUUAUCUGUUCUUUUCUACAUAAAAUCUCAACACAAAGCACAAAAAGACAAUUUCUUUUCAUUCUCAUCUUCAAUUCUUUGCAAUUGGCUGUGCUACUCAAGUCUACUUCUCUACAAUACGUCUAUAAUUCAGGCUGAUAAUAAAAUCUCUGUCCCCUCCAUCCCCCUUCACAUUUUAUUUACCUCCAAACUCUCAUAUUCGCUUAGUUUUCAGUGUCUUUGGAAUCCAGUUCAACUGAAAUUUAUUUGUAUUAUUUUGACUUUCUUGAAUCCGACUCUAUUAGUAAGCUAGUCUGAGAUUUCCAAGAGAGUCCUAGUUAUUUAACAGAGAAAAUGGCAACUGGGGAACAACUAAGCUCCAGAGGGCAAGCAUGGUUUUGCACAACAGGAUUGCCAAAUGACAUUGUGAUCGAAGUGGAUGACAUGUACUUCCAUCUACACAAGUCUCCUCUGAUGUCAAAGAGUCGAAAGCUUCAGCAGCUAAUAGCUGAGCAUGAAACAAAUCAUUCCUCAGAAGCUGAAGAGAAAGAAAAACACCGUCACUUGGUGUUCACAGACUUCCCAGGCGGCUCCGAGACCUUUGAAUUAGCCGCGAAAUUCUGUUUCGGCGCCAAAAUCGAUUUAUCCUCUUCCAAUGUGGUUCCUCUACGCUGCGCCGGAGAGUUUCUCGAAAUGACGGAACAACACUCCAAAGAAAACCUCAUCUCCAAGACGGAGACCUUUCUCUCUCACUCCGUGCUCAACAGCAUCAAGAACUCCAUCAUAGCAUUAAAAUCCUGCGAGCGCUUACUGCCUCUCGCUGAUACCUUAGCCAUCACGCGGAGGUGCGUCGAUUCCAUCGUCUCCGAAACACUGUUCAGGUUGCCGGUGAGCGAUUCCGCUUCUACGCUGCUUCUCCCCACCGGCGGAAGAAGAAGCAGAAGAACCGGUGAAGAUGAUUCCUGGUUUGAGGAGCUUAGGCUUCUAGGCUUACCUAUGUUCAAGCAAUUAAUUCUCGCCAUGAAAGGAUCUGAUUCUGCGCUAAAGUCAGAGAUAAUCGAAACCUGCCUUUUGCAAUACGCUAAAAAACACAUUCCAGCUUUAUCGAGAUCCAAUCGUAAAGCCUUGACGUCAUCAUCUUCUUCAGAAGCGGAACAGAAAGAGUUACUCGAGAUUGUGAUCACGAACCUCUCAUCCAAGCACUCCACGCCUGUGAGGUUUCUCUUCGGACUGUUACGAACCGCCACCGUACUGAAAGCUUCCGAAGCAUGCAAUGAUGUGUUGGAGAAGAAGAUAGGUUCGCAGCUCGAUGAAGUUACUCUGGAUGACCUUCUCAUACCUAGCUAUUCCUACCUAAACGAAACUCUGUAUGACAUUGAUUGCGUGGCGAGGAUUUUAGGUUAUUUUUUGGAAGAAGAACGAAACGUUGCUGCAAUCGACGGCCGCGCUCCGAGAUCGCCGGGGCUGAUGCUCGUUGGAAAACUCAUCGAUGGUUAUCUCUCGGAGAUCGCUACCGAUGCGAAUUUGAAGCCGUCGAAAUUCUACGAUCUAGCCAUCUCAGUUCCUGAUCGAGCGAGACUGUUCCACGAUGGUCUCUAUCGUGCCGUUGAUGUCUACCUCAAGGCGCAUCCGUGGGUUUCGAAAUCGGAUAGGGAGAAGAUUUGUGCAGUGUUAGACUGCCAGAAGCUGACGUUGGAGGCGUGCUCGCACGCCGCGCAGAAUGAAAGACUUCCACUGCGAGCGGUGGUUCGGGUGCUCUUCUUCGAGCAGCUUCAACUGCGACGCGCCAUCGCCGGAAAGCUGGGGGCAGCGGAGGAGCCAUCGAGGCAUUCGGCGGCGAUGGCGGAGGAAGAGGAGGUGGAGGAUGAUAAUAAUACGUGGCAGGUGACGGUGAGGGAGAAUCAGGUGCUUCGCUUGGACAUGGAUAGCAUGAGGACGCGGGUGCAUGAGCUGGAACGCGAGUGUUCUUCGAUGAAACGAGCGAUUGAGAAGAUGGACAAGAUGGGCCCACGAGGAGGUGGGCCCUGGCGGGCCUCACUCGCUCUGGGGAGGAAGUUCGGUUGCAAGUUCAAAACGCAGGUUUGUGAUUCGCAUGAGCCAGCAACACGCGAGGGCAGGCCCCACCGGCGGUAGCACCUCUCUCAUGGCACGUGAUAAUAUGAUUGGGCUUUGGAGUACGGUAGAAUGGGUCCCGCUCGCGUUUUGGUGGAAUUGCACGUUUGGCAUUUGUCGUCUGUGUAUUUAUGAGAUUAUUCAGUGGAGUUGUUCACUGUGUGUUUCUCUCUGUAUCCAACUGAAUCGAAUCCAAUCCCACCACGUAAAUUUUAUCAUAAAAAAUAAUAGGAAAUACUGUAAAAAGUUAAAGACUUU